GAACAUCAGUCUGGCCCCCUCCACUGGGAACAGACAUCUGGAGGUGGGGGGAAAAGGGACCCCCAUCCCAUUGUGUGCUUUCUGAGGGCACAGAGAAGAUUUUCUGGACAAGGACACUGACAGGGCCUGGGGUGCUGGUCCCAAUCUACCAUGCACUCAGACUCUGGCUGGAGUUGCUGAGAAAGGCCAGGAAUCCCUUUCCCAGCUUCCCUUGCUUCUGCUUGCACGUAUCAGAGAGGGCAGAAUGGCCUCAGAGGAUGACUUGGAAGAAAGUGGCACCUCUUCCCCUGCUAGCAGCACCAGCCAGGUGUCCCAGGCUGCACGUCCAGGUGCUUCAGAGAACCUAAGGUGCCCAAUCUGCCGGGCUCCCAUGAAUGACCAAGCCUCUGCGAGCUGGCGUCGGCACCCUUUCUGUUUUUACUGCACGGUGGAGUGGUUCCACAGAAGAGUGGACGGCCUGAUAUGCCAGUCACUCUUCCAACACGCAUUCCACACAGUGGGAGACAGUAACUCUGAGGUGCAGCCCAUCGGGGAGUCCACCAGCUCUGCCAGCCAUACUCUAGGAGUGCGAGCUGGGUCCCGCUCUGCAGAGAGAUGUCAGCAUCAUUCCUCAGGACGCCAGCACCGCAAGUCUCCCAGCAGAAGCUGUGGUGGCAGCCAUGGCGGCAGCUGUAGGGGCAGCCGUGGCAGGGCCCAAGGGAAGAGCCGAAGCAGGUGUCCAAGGAGGCAUCACGAUGGCCGCGCCAGGGCACAGCAGGCCCAGGGCUCCAGCCACUCAAGCAGCAGGAGACGGCAGAGCAGGGCUCAGAACACUGCUCGUGACAAGGGCCAAGCUCCAAGGACCAAACGGCACGUCCGUGCCCUCUCAAGGAGGCGCAAGCGCCAUCAGCAAGAAUACCAGGUCUCCUUCAUAGAACCGAGGGCAGUAAGGAGCCGAUCCCGGCAGAGGUCACGCGGCUCCAGCAGCCGAACACUGAGGGAGUAUCUAAGGAAGAUGGAACGUGAUGAGGGACGAGCUCUAAGGCAUGACUGCUACAUGCGUGCCUCUUCAGGGAGGAGCAGGCGCCAACAGCAGCGGCAACAGGUUUCUUACAGAGAACCGCAGGUGGCAAGGAGCCGAACCCCAAGGAGGUUCCGCAGCACAAUGCCCCUGAAGGAGAAUCCAAGGAGGAUGGAAUACUAUGAACGACAGCCUUUAAGGAUUGAACAUGCCUUGCCAAGGAGGAGUGAGCGCCUUCAGCAAGGACGCCAAGUUCCUUUCAUCAAACCGCAGGUGACGAGCCAACCCCGGGGGAGGUCCCGCAACACACAGCACCAAACACAGCAGGAGGAUCGAAGGAGGAUGGAACGUGACGAGGGACGAGCUCCAAGACCCGAAGGAGACAUCCCGAGCUCCCCAGAGUGGAGUGAGCACCGCCAGCAGGGGCGCCGGAUUUCUUUCACUGAACCAUAGGUGGCAAGGAACUAAUCCCCAUGGAAGUCCUGCAGCCAUGCUGGGCACAAACCUGGUAGUGCACCCAACCAACAAGGGAAGUACUGUAUGCCCUGUUAGCAGUGUCAGGAACGAUACUACUUCAGACAAAAACAGCCCCUACAACAAUUGCAAAAAUAAAGUCAAAUCCAAUGCUCAAGCCUGGGACCAAGGAUCUA